AUGUCAUGUGUCGUGUCUGAUUUAUGGCCCGCAGGAGCGCAUUACCGGGGAAUUUCGAGUCCCGUAACGACGUCCAAGAUCACAUACUUUAAAAGGAAAUAUGUGGAAGAAGAGGAUUUUCAUCCACCGCUCGGCAGCUGUGCACAUAAAACCAUCUCAGUGUUUGAGGAGCGGGCCCACAUCCUGUACAUGUCCCUGGAGAAGCUGAAGUUCAUCGACGACCCCGAGGUCUACCUGCGAAGGUCGGUGCUCAUAAACAACCUCAUGAAGAGGAUCCACGGGGAGAUCGUCAUGCAGAGCAGCUGGUGCUUCUCUGCUUGCUCCUUCGGCAGCGCCUCGCCGCAAGAGUGGUUCGUGCCACAGGACUGUCCCUACAAGAAGCGGCUGCGGAUGGCCAAGGAGGAGUAUGAGAAGCUUCACGCCUGCUGCUUCUAUCAGGAGUGCGGCGGUCACUACUUAAACCUACCCUACUCUGUUAACACUAGCACAGAAAAUACUUCUUCUUCCUCCUCUUCCUCCUCUUCCGCCUCUUCCUCAGCCAUGUCUUUGCCAGGCUGUUCCCAGCAGGCGGAUUUUGGCCUUUCCGGUGCCCUUCUGUACAGGAGUGAUGACCAGGCACCUGCUGGUGAAAUGUUCCUCCCUCCCGCCCGGCCUCAUGGUGAACAGGAACAGGCAAAAUUUAGUGACGAGAAGGGAGGCGACGAGGCCGAGCGAGACAGCAGCACCCUAAGCUGUGAAGCCUUCAGAGGCCCCCAUGCCCUCGAGUGUAAAGGCAAGUUUUACGAUUAUUUUGAGACAGGGUGCAGUGACAAGAGCAACACCGGUGAAUCUUGGAAAAAAUCCGUAAGGAAAAAGGAAUCGCUACCGAGCAACAAAACGUGCUGCAGCAAAGGAAGUAAAAUAUGAGGCGCCUUUUCCACUCUGCCGAAGCAUGCGCGGCAUGUCCACCUAGCUAUCAAAAUUUUAUUUUCAAUGGAUUUUUUUAUAGUUUUCUACAAGUGAUACAAUCAUGCCACAAACAUUACGUGUAGUUGUAAGUGACUGAGGAGCCACUUGCAUAAAGCCCCCCAUGAUC